ACGACAACACCGCCCGCACAAUGAAGAAGGUUGUCUUGAAAUGAGAAAUGUCGGAGUGAAACUGUCAAAAAAUUCAAAUAAACAUUAGUAUUUCCUUUAUUUUGGGUUUCUAGACUUUUAAAAUGUGAUAAUUGUGUUCAAAUCAACAAUGGCUCAGGGCGUAUUAAGCUCGGAUAUCUCGAGGAGAAAUCCUCAGGACGAGUAUGAGCUGAUUCAACGUAUAGGAAGUGGAACCUAUGGUGAUGUGUAUAAGGCUAAACGUAUUUCCACAAAUGAUUUAGCUGCAAUAAAGGUUAUAAAAUUGGAACCUGGAGAUGAUUUUGCCGUAAUUCAACAAGAAAUACUCAUGAUGAGAGACUGUAGGCAUCCCAACAUAAUUGCAUACUAUGGGAGUUACUUGAGAAGGGACAAACUAUGGAUUUGCAUGGAAUACUGUGGUGGAGGAUCAUUGCAGGAUAUUUAUCAUAUUACUGGGCCUCUAACGGAAAAUCAAAUUUCAUAUAUGUGUAGAGAAACAUUGCUCGGACUAUCCUACCUUCAUGGUAUGGGAAAAAUGCAUAGAGAUAUAAAGGGAGCAAAUAUUCUGUUGACGGAAUGUGGAGAUGUCAAGUUGGCUGAUUUUGGUGUGUCUGCGCAAAUAACUGCUACCAUAAAUAAAAGAAAAUCAUUCAUUGGAACCCCUUAUUGGAUGGCACCAGAGGUGGCAGCUGUGGAAAGGAAAGGUGGCUACAAUCAACUCUGCGAUAUUUGGGCUAUUGGUAUUACUGCGAUUGAAUUGGCAGAGCUUCAACCUCCUAUGUUUGACUUACAUCCAAUGAGGGCGUUGUUUCUUAUGUCGAAAAGUGGUUUUAAACCGCCAACUUUAAAAGAUAAAGAGAAAUGGAGUCCAACAUUCCACAACUUUGUGAAAGUUGCAUUGACUAAAAAUCCAAAAAAAAGGCCAACUGCUGAAAAACUUCUACAGCAUGCAAUAUUUCAGAGUGAUAUGAGCAGAAGACUUGCUCUUGAGUUGUUGCAGAAGGUGAACAAUCCAUCACAUAUGUUUACAGAUAUGGAGGCAGAUGAAGAUGGGGCUGUACCCAAUGUACCACAGCGUAUAGCAUCACGGCUCACAUCACGACCCAGAGGUCAGAAUCUUGUUCAAACAGUUGAUGUGGAUAUAGAGAAUAUAGAUGAAGUCAAUAAUACUUUACAAAGAUCAGGACCUUGUAUAAGCUCAAAUGGAGAUAAACCAGAAAACUGGGAUGUUAUGGAUAUCAUGAACAACGUUACUACAGUGCACAAUUGUGUAGAACACCAAAAUAAGAAAUGUGGUUUAGGGGUGGCCUUCGAUUCGUUGAAUCGUGAAAAUUCCGAAAGAAAAGCUAUGACCGGUUCCCAAAUUUUGAAUAUGUCCCUGAGGAGUCUCUUGCAGUACAUUGACGAAGAGUUAAUGAUGAGGGGAACCUACAAAUAUCAAGUGGCCGACUCUUAUGAUCAACAGGCAACCUUACCAGUUCAAGAUACUGAUUCUAAGUGUGACCUCCACAACAAUGUAUCCACUCAUAACAAUGAAGGCCUGCUUAAUGGAUCCCCACGUAGACACUCUUCUGUUGAUGAAAUAUUUCCAAUGGUUAAUUCGAUGAAUAUACAAGGACAACGCCAAAGAUCCCUUAGUGAUAGUAGUAAAAACGAAAGGAAAGUUAAUGGGGCUGAUGCAGAAAGUGAUCAUCAUAGUAACAGUCCUCCAGAUUUGGUUUCAUAUCCUCCUGUACCGCCUCGUAAGCACCGUAGAAGACAUACACCACCUAGGCCACCUAGCAAUGGACUUCCUCCCACUCCCAAAGUUCACAUGGGUGCCUGUUUUUCAAAGAUUUUCAAUGGUUGCCCAUUGAGAAUUCAUUGUACAGCUUCUUGGAUUCAUCCAGAAACCAGGGAUCAACAUAUUUUAAUUGGUGCUGAAGAGGGAAUAUAUAACCUCAAUCUGAACGAGCUGCAUGAAACCUGUAUUGAUCAGUUAUACAAUAGAAGAACUAUUUGGAUGUAUGUCAUUAAAGAUAUCCUUAUGACUCUUUCGGGUAAGACUCCACAGCUCUACAGGCAUGAUUUACUGGCAUUGCAAAGCAAGCAGUCACACAGAUUCAGCCUACACAUGAACCGUAUACCCGAGAGAUUGGUACCAAGAAAAUUCGCCCUGACAACUCGUGUGCCAGACACCAAAGGCACUCAGAAAUGCUGCGUGUCACGAAACCCUUACAAUGGCUACAAAUACCUCUGUGGUGCUUCAACCACUGGCAUCUUUCUGAUGCAGUGGUAUGAUCCCUUGAAUAAAUUUAUGCUGCUAAAGCAUGUUGAUUGUGUUCUUCCUAGUCCUUUGAACGUUUUCGAAAUGAUAAUCACACCGGAGUUAGAGUAUCCGAUGGUUUGUGUAUCAAUAAAGCAAGCUUAUCAACCGAGUAGGUACAAACUGGACCUAAUCAACAUGAACUCAGGAGCAAGUUGGUUUCAUUCAGAUGAACUCCAAGAUAUGGACGGUAUGGCGACUGUAGUUCCUAAACGUGAAAAUUUAAAUAUUAUCAAUGUCACACAAUUGGAUAAGGAUUCUGUACUGUUCAGCUAUGACAAUGUAGUGAAAGUAGUAACUCCUCAGGGUAAACUCAAAAUGAACAAGAAGCAGGUAUCAGAAUUAAUAUUCGACUUCGGAAUAGAAAGUAUAAUUGUACUACCUGAUAGUGUCUUAGCUUUCCACAAACAUGGAAUGCAAGGCAGAUCUCUGAAAAAUGGAGAGAUCACCCAAGAGAUAGCAGAUCCAUCGAGAUCUUAUCGACUUUUGGGUUCAGACAAGGUUGUGAUGCUGGAAAGUAAUUUGAUAAGAGGUAACACACUAACAGUUGAUGAAGGUCAUGACUUGUAUAUUUUGGCAGGACAUGAAGCCAGUUAUUAGGGGGAAAAGGAUAGGAUUGAAGAGGACCUCUCUCUUCAUGAAAAUGCUCGAGAAGUAUUCAAAACUUCUAGUAUGUAGGAUAGAUAAAUAAAUCAAAAUAAAAUACAGAAUUCGUUUACGAUAAAUAAAUAGAACAAGUAAAGUUUUAUUCCCAUCGAGGAUAACAGAACAUACCUCACUAGAGAUUUUGAACGUAGUUAAAUUUUUCAACUAUUUUGGUCUUCAAUUUCAAGAAAGAUAAAAUUCACUAGAAGAAGAUUAAUCAAAUGUAUAAUGGAUAAUAUUAAAGAUAUGAAUCGGAACCUGAAUUUAAAAAUUUUAUUGUACAGUUAUAUAUUUUUCAAAAUAAUUCUAUAGGUGUGAAAUUUUAUUUUUCAAUGUAUAGUUGAAGUAUAUAAAAUUAUUACACAAGCAUAUAGAAAAAAAAUACAGUUAAUUUGCAUGAAAAUUUCUUGAAUGAGACAAACAUUGGAUUAGUUCGUUUUUCUUGUUUAAAAUUCACAUAAAAAAAUAAUAAUCGCAAUUGAUAGUAUAUUUUGGUAAUGAUAAGAUUGAAUAAUUUGCUCAUAUUGAUCAACACCAAGAGAAAACUUGAAUCAUUCUUAAGUAGAUUUAUCCUAAUCGAAAACUGGAUAACAUAUUAUAAGUUAAUCUGAAUAAUUUUUUUCAUGACGAAAUAUGUUUUCUCCUUUCAACCAUUCUUCUGCUAUCAACUGUUGACACUCUUAUAUUUUAUGGUUAAUAUGGGAAGAUUGUAACUUAUCCAGUUAUCGAUAAGAUCAAUUUUUCAAUGAUACAUUUGACUGUUUGAGAUUAAUGUCACAUUUCUAUUUAUGAUAUACAUUUUGAAAGUAAAGAGCUUCCAUCGAAUCAGAUAGUUGAAUUUCCUUACGAGGAAUUGAUUUUUUGAUAUACUCAUAUUCUAACUAUUUUCACAGAAUUGUUCAUUUUGGACUGAAUUAUUCUUGUUGUGGAAUAGAAUUUCAGAUGGAAUUCUAUAUGUUGUAGUGCUUCUUAUUUAUUCGGUCUUUCAUUUUUUUGAUUGAAUCAAAACAUAUUUUCGUUUUAUCUUAUGGAGUAUAUGUAUUUGAUAUAAUUGCUUUUCAAUGGAUUAUGAAUUUCAUAUUACAACCACUCAAUAAUCAUAUUCGGUGUAAUUUUGCUCCCCCGUUUCUGAAAAAUAAAUGUUUAAUUGAUCAGUUGUAAUUUUGGCAAUCAUAAAAGAAAAAAAUUUAUCUCAAUUCAAUACAAUUAAUUAGUUUUUUGUUACUAAUAAUAACCAAAAAAACCCAAUUUCAAUCUUGAUUGUUUCCAAUUCAAUGAUAUUAAUUUCUUGUGUUCACAUUUUAUGGGCUCCGAAGCAAUAGGUGUUUCUUCCAUAUUUUGAGAAACAUUAAAAAAAUAAUUCUCCUCAUUUAAUACUUCUAGUGACCUCACUUUUGUCAAUGAAAUUUCCACUUAUAUUCUACAAUGUUAUCAUCUUUGGAAACUAAAAAUCACUAUAGGUUUUAGGAUUACAAAAUAGUUACCAAAACAGCGUUAGACUCAAGUAAAAAUGCGGUGGAGAUCUGGUUAAUCCAACCUUAAUUCUGAUAUUGAGUCCACAGAAAACUGGAAAUAUAUAUUUUCUGUUUGGAGAUAGUUUUUUUUUGUCACAUGAAAUAAUGAAAGUUUCUCUUUAUAUGGAGAAACACCUAUGAAUUAGGUUAAAAUGAAAGCUGUCAACUAAAAUUUUCACUUAGAGCUAGAUAUGAGGAUUUGUUAGAUAUGUAAAAAAUUUGGUGAAAUUAGGAAAUCAAUUACUAUUGUUUUAUGGUGCAGAAUCCUAAGAAAGGUACAAAAACAGAUUCAUUAUGACAAUUUGGAAAGAAUAGACAUUGUUCAUGAGCUUUCAUCCUGUGCACAAUAUCAUAUUUCCUAAUUUUGCAUUGGUUCAUUCCAAGACUGCAGUAAUAACAAUUAUGAAAUUAACAUUACCUCUUAGUAUAAUCUAACCACUUUUCUCUUUUGAAUUUGGUAUAGUCAGCAGCAUGAUUUGGCUGUGUUAUUAUUGUUUGAAUAUAAUGUUAUCUUUGUAAAUAUUGUAAAUCAUAAGGAAUAAUGAAUAUACCAAAAAUAAAUUAUUAUUAGGUUGAAAGAUUAUCUGACGUGACCAAGGCUGUAGUAGACUAGUUACGUAAAAGGCUAAAACUGUUUCUUUAUGGAUUUAUAAUUUCAUUGUUGAAUGUUUUUAUUCUUCACUAAAGUAACUUAGAAAUCAUAUCUUUAUGUAAUUUCGUCAUCAUUAUAAUAUUUUUUAUUUAUAUAUUUUGUAAAUAAAAGUUGUAAAUUACA